AUGAGUGAUCUCAAUCCCAGUAACCACGAAGAGAAUCCUGGGCCGUCCAGUUCUGUCCCUUGUUUGUCAUCCGUUGCCAUUCCUUCGUCGACCGCCGGGCCCAUACGACGUCGCCGAUUCAGUGCUGCGAAGAUUCAACCGACGCGAAUCAAGAAAGUGAUGCAGUCGGACGAGGAAAUCGGUCGAAUGGUGGCCUCUGUACCAGUUGCUAUUGGAAGAGCAAUGGAACACUUUGCUGAAAAAUUUCUUCAGGCUGCUGCUCAUGAAACCCAGUUAAGCAGUUCUCGAACGCUUACACCUGUUCAUAUGAAAUUAGCGAUGAUGGCAAAUCGUCAUUUCCAUUUCUUGGCUGAUAUUUUUAAAGAAGCCACUCUUCCAACAUUAGCUGCAGGACCUAGCAGUGCAAGUCCAGUUUGUAGUCCAUGUACUCCUGUUUCUCCGUCGGUUCUAUCAUCGGUGGUAAACUUGGGUACGACAACAUCGUCGCCACCUGUUGCCUCGUCUACAUUGACAGUUCGGAAGGCCGUAAAUGGAAAGAAGGUGGAUACAGCAGUAGACGGUGAAAAGCCAAAAAGAGGACGGCCUCGAAAAACUAAACGUUCAGAGAAAUGUCUGGAUGAGGAGUUGUGUGAAGAAGUUACGAAUGGUAUUGAGAAGGAGGAUCAGGAUCGUGCGUUAAUGCCACCACCAGCACUUCCUCUGGGACGAGCUAGACCUGUUGCGUGA